AUGAUGUCGAUGUGUAUGCAAGAUGUGGAAGCACGCAGUCGAGUAUUCUGGGCCGCAUAUAUUCUUGACAAGGAAAUGGGUCUCAAUCACGGUCUGGACUCGAUCCAGGAUGAUGAUGACAUUGAGACGGAAUUACCGACAGGUUUGGGAGAGGGUGUAGACAUUCUCAACUUGCGUGCCAAACUCGCCAUGGUUGAAUCCUCCAUUAGACGGCGGCUUUACACUGCGAAAGGACUACGACUUAACGACGAUGAUGUGGUCAAGGCCAUCAUAGAUCUUGAUGCUCUGCUCGAAGAGUGGAGGUCCAGUCUGCCAGCAGAUCUUCAGCCAACCUACGACUCCCCUAAAUCCGGUCAAGACUUUGCUCCGGACGUUUUGAACUUACAUCUGGCCUUUUACCGCUGCACACUUAUGGUGCACUGGGCAGCGAGGCGACACAGCCAGUUCAAGACUGUGGCCGUUCUCUUGGGAACACCAGCAGGUUUCGAGAUGCCCUACAUUCAGCUUUCGUUCUCCCAGAAACGGUGCCGUACAGCUGCCCACGCGACCUUGGGCCUGUUCAGAACGAUCUCAACACCGCAAUACUCAGAUCUCUGGUAG